AUGGAUUCGCCAAUGCAUGACAGCGAUGGCGAUUCGGUUGUCUUCACGUCUCCCAGCGAGACGUUCCAGCUGCGAGGCUACCAGACGGAAAUGGUCGAGGAAAGCAUGAAAGCCAACAUCAUCGUUGCCAUGGAUACGGGUUCUGGGAAGACGCAUAUAGCCAUCGAGCGCGCACGAGCGGAGUUGGAGACGUGUGAGCCUGACAAGCUCGUCUGGUUUCUAGCACCCACAGUCGCGCUUUGCGAACAGCAACACAAAGUCUUUCAAUCCAACCUGCCAGGUUUCGGUUACCAACUCCUCUGUGGAAGGGAUGACGUCCUGCUCUGGACGACGCAGAGCGACUGGGACGCCGUCCUGCACAACGUCCGAAUUGUCAUGUCAACGCAUCAGGUUCUGCUUGAUGCACUUACACAUGGAUUUGUACAGAUGGGCAGGCUGUCGCUGCUCAUAUUUGACGAAGCGCACCAUUGCACGUUGAAGCAUCCUGCUCAUCGGAUAAUGCUGGACUUUUACAUGCCUCAACUAAGGAGCGGUAAUCAAAAUUUGCCCAGAGUCCUUGGAUUGAGUGCUAGCCCAGUCACGAGAGCAACAGCUAGUCAACUAGACCUCAAGAUGAUUGAACAAAACCUGCAUGCUACUGUAAGGACACCAAAAUUACACAGAUCAGAGUUGCUUCGGUAUGUGCAUCAACCGGAGCUCAUUCAGGUUAGUUACCCAACAUUUACGGAUCGCCAAUCCUCCGAUUUGCUACUGGCAUUGCGAAACGCGUACUGGACAUAUGAUCUUAUGCAGGAUCCAUAUGUACUCGACCUCUUACAGCAGCAAAAACAUGGCUGCAAUGUCUCUCGACAACUGCAAAAACUUUGGGAUAGCGGCAGGACAUAUUGCAAUGACGAAUUGAAGCAGCUGGUCUCGAAAGCCGAGGCUAUGGGACAAGAGCUUGGGAGUUCUACCAUGGAUUACUACCUAUGCCAGUGUAUAAACAGGUUCAUGGACUUUACGCGCAUUUCUGAUGAACAGCUCCUCGACAUGUCUACAAACGAGAGACAACAUCUCCUGCGCAUCUUCCAGACACUUCCGCUUAGCGAUUUCACUACUGUUCCUUUUGCGAUAUUGGACAGUCUGACUCCCAAGGUCCACGUCCUUAUUGAUACCCUAGUCGCUGAAGCCACGGAAAAUCCAAAUUUCGCCGGCCUUGUGUUCAUUGAGCAACGGGUUUGGGUAGCAUCUCUUGCCGAAAUCCUAACAGCUCACCCGCGUACCAAAGAUCUAUUGCGGGUGGGUACAUAUGUGGGCACAUCACAGAUUUCCAAGCGCAAAUCAAACAUAUGCACCUAUGCGGAGCCAAAGAACCAGCAAAACACGCUUGAUGAUUUCAAGGCUGGUGUUAUCAACCUUGUUCUAGCUACAAGUGUAUUAGAAGAAGGCAUCGACGUGUCUAGCUGUCACUUGGUCGUGGAUUUCGAGCGUCCCAAAAACCUCAAGAGUUUUGUUCAAAGACGGGGGAGAGCGAGACAGCAGCGGUCGCGGUAUUACAUCUUCGUUCCGAAUAGUGAAUAUGCGCUUUCCUCAAUGCCGUGGCAAUCGCUUGAAGCCGAAAUGAGGCAAGCGUAUGAGGAUGAGAAGCGUCGCAUUCGAUCAGAGAAUGAGAAAGAAGAGAUCGAAGAGUAUGGCUCACGUUACUUCAAGGUUGAUAGUACUGGUGCGUUGCUGACUCUUGAAAACGCCUCUCAACAUCUUUAUCACUUCUGUUCCCGCUUGGCAUCCGGCAGCUACGUCGAUACACGACCGGAAUUCGACUUCACCAAGAUCGGAGGUCAAAUUACCGCCAAGGUUACACUCCCCAUCUUCGUGGACCCCAAAGUAAGAACAGCCACCAGCUCUCAAUCUUGGAGAACAGAAAAAAUGGCGCAAAAGGAUGCCGCAUUCGAGGCAUACAAAGCUCUGUAUCUUGCAGGUCUGGUAAAUGACAACCUCCUUCCAGUGACAGAUGAGUACGACGAAGAGGCGGCACAACAUCAGAUCAGAGACGACCAGCCAUCCCUAAUAUCGGUGUCGCAUACGCUUGAUCCCUGGCAAGGCGUUAGUCAGUAUGGCGAUGCAACCCCCCACGCGUGGUAUCGCACUUUGCUGGAAGUGACGGCACCCGGGGAAGAGCCAUUGCACAUGAUACUUUCGACACCAUCCGUCCUGCCCAUCAUGCCAGAUCUAUUGCUACACUGGAACAAAACGAAGCAUUACAGUGUGAAGGCUUCAUGGAUCCAUGGUGCAUCGCUGAGUGAUGCUGAAAUCCAACUUCUGCGCUCUGUUACUUGGAAACUGCUCCGUACAGUCUUUGGAACCUACGUCGAGGAACAAAACACCGACUUUCUCUAUCUUCUCGCACCCUGUGGUGCAUCGGGCCGUGUCAUGUCUCAUGCUGAACUCUGCGAAUGGCAUACAGCAACCGAGGGCCAAUCCUCAGCACUGGAACUUCUAGAAGCAGGCAACGCAAAUAUGAGAAGCUGGGGUUUGGUAAGCCAGCUGGGAGACAUGCGAAAAUUCAUCGUCAAAGAUGUCCGAACUGCUCCAUCGCAGACGUCUCCCGGCGGCGAAGAAAUACUAGUGGAAGCUAUACGUUUUCCCAAGCGCCGGGAUUUCCUGCAUCCUGUUGUGGAAGGCAAAAACAAGAACGAAGCGUACACCAGAAUCGAGAGCCUCGAAGCUGCAUCGUGCGUUGUUGCAAAACUUCCUACUUCAUAUACCAUUCUGGCGUUGUUGUUCCCGUCAAUCGCGCACAAGGUUGAAGUGCAUAUGGUAGCAGAUACGCUCAGGAAGACGCUGCUUGAACACGUCAAUAUCGACGUCUCCCAUCUCCCCCUAAUAGUCCUCGCUCUAACUUCAUCUGCUAUAGAUGAAGGCGAGAACUAUCAGAGAGUCGAGUUUCUCGGAGACUGCAUCUUGAAGUUCAUCGCUUCCCUCCAUCUAAUGGCUACCCAUCUCCUCAUGCCUGAGGGUAUGUUAACGGGGAAGAAAGGCAAGCUUGUCAGCAACGGGUACUUGACUCGAGCUGCCUUGGCUGCUGGCCUAGACAAGUUCAUUUUCUACAAGCGCUUCACGGGUGCAAAGUGGAGGCCAAGAUACAUCAGUCAAAUACUCGUUGAUGCAACGCCGCCAGCCAAGCAAGAAAAGUCGUCAAAAGUCAUCGCCGAUGUGAUAGAAUCGCUCGUUGGCGUCUCGUACCUUAUCGGUGGCCUUGCAAAAGCGUUUGCAUGUGUGCAAGUUCUACUACCCUUGGAAAACUGGAUGCCCAUUCCAGAAGCCAACGAGACACUCUACCGCGCUGCCCCGAGCCAGGACACAGUCACGAACCUUGAUCUGCUGGAGCGCCUACUCGGGCACACGUUCAACAACAAAGCUCUGCUUCUCGAAGCGCUCACGCACUCCAGCUUCCGCGGUCUCAACACGCAUUGCUCGUACGAGCGCGAGGAGUUCCUCGGCGACGCGGUGCUCGACUACAUCAUCACGACGCGGCUGUAUGCGCAUAAGCCCGAACUGCCGCACCAGAAAAUGCACGGGAUCCGCACGGCAAUGGUGAAUGCCUCCUUCUUGGCCUACUGUAUGUUCGAGACGACCGUCGACGAGGAAUUGACGAACAAGCAAACGUUGCAGCCUGAGCUGCACCAAAGAGCUCUCUGGCAAUUCCUUCGGUCCACGAGCCACGAGCUCGUCGCCGCUCGAUCCGCAGCCGUCAAACAGCAUGCUGAAGUGCGAGCCGAGCUGGCAGUAGCCCUAGAGCACGACGCGCGCUUCCCAUGGCACAUUCUGUCGCGCACGGAUCCGCCCAAAUUCCUUUCUGAUAUCGUCGAAAGCGUCAUUGGCGCUCUGUACAUCGACAGCCGCGGCUCGCUCGCCGUGUGCGAAGAGUUUGUGCGUCGCCUGGGCAUCUUGCCGUGUCUUGAGCGCGUCUUGCGCGACGGCGUGGAUUGUCUGCAUCCGAAAGAGCGCUUGGGUAUUCUUGCCGUCGAGAAGAACGUCAGGUAUGUGCGUGUCACAGGGGACGGUGACGGCGAUGCAAACGACCCUGAUGCAGAGACAAACACGGGGUACAGAGUGCAAGUCAAGAUUGGUGGGGAUGAUGUUGGGGGCGUGGUGAAAGGCGUCAAGAGGCUGCAGGCUGAGACGAUUGCGGCUUGGAAGGCGGUUGAGGUACUGGAGAAGGCAGGUUCUGAAGAUAUGGUUGUGCAAGAGGAUGAAGACGACGAGUUCUUCGAUGCUGAGGAGGGCGGAGGCGUAAUGCUGGAAGAUGUGUAAGUGCCUGAAAUUGGAGUAGAGAGUACACUUGAUUGAGUUGGUAAAAUG